CAAUAUCUGGUGUGGAUAUGGUUUCGGGUGCUCUAAAAUCUUUGAGUGUAGGUGGCAGCAUACCUGACUCUAAAGGUGAAAUGGUAACAAAUGCUGGCACAACUGAGGCUCCCAAAGUCAAUAAAGGCAAGGCUGGUCCUGAACCUAUUAUUAUUCCUAUAAUCCUAAAGAUGGCUGAGUUUGAUCAUAAGGCUUUGCUAGAGGAAUGGGUAUCUGCUCGUAGCAGUGAUAAAUACCCAAUACAGGUUGGUACCAAGAACUCUAAUGGAAGCAUAAUUACUUUGUUCCUCACUUGCCAGCUUCUCAAUGAUAACUUUGUCAAGUUUCGUUUAGACAAGGUUCCCUCUUCUAUUGUCUCUGCCUCAAAUAAUUAUUUGACAAACACUAUAUACUUCUUUUUCCAGGGCAAUAAUAAGUUAAUUGGCAACUUGAAAACCAUCCAGGACUACCUCUGUUCGUUCAAGUCACAGGUAUGAUCAUUUGAGGCCCUAACGAAAGCUCAGACAAACUUCAGGGGUUAAUUUUUUUCCGUGGAAAUAAAUAAAACCUCAACCUAAGAAAAAAGGGGAAAAACGUACCUUUUCUUUUGCUUUUUUUGGCUAAUAGACGUCUUCUUUACUCUUUCAGGCAAUCAUAAAUGCUCAAGUAAUUCAUGAUAAAAGGCUUGUAGUAUUUGUAGGCGUUCUGUUAAGUAAAGUACCACAUCAUAUACGGUUCACGUGGUCUCUAUAAACUCGUCGAAAAAUUGCCAAUUUGCCACCCUCCAGGGACGUAAGAGAGUAUCAAGAAGAUCGCAAAUGUGCAAUCUUGAUACGAAACUACCAUUUUCAGGUGACGCUUUUCACUCUUACUUGUCGUGAUGGUCAUGUGAAACUCUUUGAGUUGAGUUUGAUUUAUUGAAAAAAAAAAUUGUGGUGCAAUUAUUCGGUGCUCUGUUAUCAUGUCUAUAUAUA